AUGCUUAUUGAUGCUAAUGUUGUUCCUAAGAUAACAGGAUCAAUACUAAGAAGACCUCUACAAAUGGAUGUAUGUGAAAAUGUGAAAUACUUAUGUAACAAUCUGCAACUUGCUGACACACUGCCUAGUAGAUUAGAAAGUUCAACAAUAGAGAUUCUUAUCGGAAAUGAUUAUUAUUUAGAUAUCAUAUUGCCACAGAAAAUAGAAAUUCAACAAGGGCUUUAUCUACUUGGCUCUAAGCUAGGAUGGAUCCUUACAGGAAGGUCACAAUUAAGUGAUGAAGAAAGUGAGAACAAAAUGUCCAUGACAGUAAAUGGCUUAUUAACUUUAACAGAAUGCUGUCUUCACUCUACAAUUGACACAUGUCUUCAAAUCAAGCCUUCCAUUGAAGAUUUCUGGAAAUUGGAAACUAUUGGAAUACAAGAUUGUCCAUAUGCAUCAGACGACGAAAAUACUUUGAGUAACUUUGUCACCUCACUCAAAAUGGAAAAUGGAAGAUAUCAAGUAGCCUGGCCAUGGAAAGAAAAAUUACCGGAACUUCCUGAAAAUAGGGAACUUGCAUACGGAAGACUAAAGUCACUUUUUCAGAAAAUGAAGAACAAUCCUGACCUAUUAAACAAGUAUGAUGAGAUUAUUCAAGACCAGUGCAAAAAGGGUAUCAUAGAAAAAGUGUCUAGCCAAUGUAGUAAGGAUACCGGAAUCAAACAUUACAUACCACAUCAUGCUGUAGUUGACCCAACCAAACCUACAACUAAAGUAAGGAUAGUUUAUGAUGCAUCUGCCAAAUCAAAACACGAGAAUAAAAGUUUGAAUGAUUGCCUGCACAGAGGACCAGUAAUGUUACAAGAUUUAUGUGGACUCUUUUUGCGUUUUCGAAUGAACAAAAUUGCAGUAGUUGCUGAUAUUGAAAAGGCAUUUCUCCAAAUUGAACUACAAAAAAAUGACAGAGAUGCAACCAGAUUUUUUUGGCUAAGAAACAUUAAUCAUCCAACUGUAGAAAAUGAUGUACAAGUUUACAGAUUUUGCAGAGUGCCAUUUGGAGUUAUCUCAAGUCCUUUCCUACUUGCAGCAACUUUGGACUUUCACCUUGACACAUACAAAAAUGCAACAGCAGCAAAUUUUCGAGAAAACAUUUAUGUGGAUAAUGUAAUUACUGGAGUAGAUUCGACAGAGAAUGCAGUUACAUUAUAUAAAGAGGCAAAACAAAUAUUCAGUAAUGCAUCAAUGAACUUAAGAGAAUGGGCAUCAAAUUCACAGAAAUUUUUAGAAUGCAUUCCGAAGGAAGACCAGGUGAAUAGAGAAAAAUUAAAGGUUCUUGAAUUAACUUGGACAAUAAAAGAUGAUACAUUAACGGUGAACAGUGCAAGAAAUGAUAACAUGUUUCCAAUCACCAAAAGAGAAGUAUUACAGAGAGUGGCUUCUGUGUUUGAUCCACUUGGAUUUUUUUCACCUGUGACUUUAAGAACCAAGCUUUUCCUCCAAAUGUUGUGGAACAAGAAAAUGGAAUGGGAUGAACAACUGACAGAGGAAGAUAUUCAGCAAUGGAAAGAAAUCUCUUUUGAUUUAGAUGAAAUUCAGGAAUAUCAUAUUCCUAGAGCUAUUGGGCUACCAGGGUCGAAAAAACCUCUAGCAACAUUUGUUGAUAAUAGAAUAAAAGAGAUUAGGCAGCAACAAGACAUUCAAUUUCAGUACGUCUAUACGAAGGAAAAUCCAGCUGAUGUUGCAAGCAGAGGCACAACAGUAGCAUUGUUAAAAGAAAACAGCCAAUGGUGGCAUGGUCCCUCUUGGUUAUCAAAACACAGAACUGAGUGGCCUAGUUGGGAUCCUCACAAUAUAAGUGUUGACAAACAAAAUUCGAUUGAAUCAGAAUACAAGGUAUCUAAAGUAUUACAUGAAGCAAAAUUGCUUGCUGGAGAGGGUCCUGACGGAGAAACACACAGUGUUGGAAAUUCGAAAUCUAGUGUUGGGUAUCUGUUAGACAUUGAUUGUAGCAAAUUUUCCUCAUUUAUCCGCUUGAUCAGAGUAUCAGCUUGGGUAUUGAGGUUUGUUAAACGGUUAAAUAAAGAGACAAUAGCUGGUCCUCUAACAGCUGCAGAGCUAGAACACGCAAAGUUAUUGUGGAUAAAAUCUGUUCAAAAACAAUGUUUUGGUGAAGUGAUGAUCAGUGGGAAAGCCACGGAUCGAUUCUGCGCAUCCUUCCAUAUGACGUAA